GGGUUUGACCCUGCCAAAAGUGGCCGCCGUCAUCCGAAGCUUAACCCCCGAAUCGCUCGAAAUCCUCUGCUUUCUCAUUCGGAGUAUCCGAGUGGCCGCGCUUGGAGUGCCUUUCUUGACUUUUCUUGCGGGCAAGGAGAGGUGAGAAGCCAUCAGGCUCCGCCAUUUUCUUGACUUGUAGCGAUCAGCUUCCCCGCUUUCUUCUUUGUUUGGGCUUUUGCCAGCGAUCCUCUCAGCGCGUUUCUUGAUCUUUGACCCGUUCUUCAUCUCUCUCUUUCUCUCUCUGUGGGACACAACUCAAGCGGGGCCCAUUCAAUCGUGGGAUACGUCUGUUGAUUCUGAAUACAAAUAUGUGAAAGCCCUGUCCCGGAAGAACUCGCGCAGCCAUGGAUGGGAAGAGCAGCAGUCCGUGGCUGUUCACGCUCCCAAGCUUCUUGCUGUGCUUAUCUCUCUGCACCACCACCCGCCUCUGUCUUGGCUCCGACACUAUCUCCGCCAACCAGUCCCUCUUCGGCAACCAAACCUUAGUCUCCUCCGGCGGCAACUUCGAGCUCGGCUUCUUCUCGCCGGGUAACUCCUCUUACUCCUACAUAGGCAUCUGGUACAAAAAAGUCAGGGUGCAGACCAUCGUCUGGGUCGCCAACAGAGGCAGCCCCGUCACCGACAGGUCCUCCACGGAACUGAAGAUCUCGGGUGGCAAUCUUGUCAUGGUCAACGAAUCCCGAGUCCCCGUCUGGUCCACGAAUCUGACAACUUCUUCAUCUGGGUCGAGCUCGGCGGUGGCUGUUCUUGGGGACGACGGCAACUUCGUUCUCAAGGAGGGGCCGAACUCUUCCGUGACUCUGUGGCAGAGCUUCGAUCACCCGGCGCACACGUGGCUCCCGGGCGCGAAACUCGGGAUCGACAAGCGCAGGAACACGAGUCAGCUCUUGACAUCGUGGAAGAACGCCGAGGAUCCUUCGAUAGGUUUGUUCUCUCUCCAGCUCGAGCCAUCCAGUGCGUACUUCAUAUGGUGGAAUAGGUCUGAGAAUUACUGGACCGGUGGGGUGUGGGACAAUCAGACGAAAAUUUUCUCUUUGGUCCCUGAAAUGAGAGCGAACUAUAUUUACAAUUUCAAAUAUGUGGACAAUGAGAAUGAGAGCUAUUUCACCUAUUCGGUGCACGCCGACGCCAACACCAUAUCACGGUUUGUGAUGGAUCUUUCUGGGCAGAUCCAGCAGGUGUCCUGGUUGGUUGCUUCCGGGGCGUGGAACUUGUUCUGGUCUCGGCCCCAGCAGCAGUGCGAGGUGUAUAGAUUCUGCGGCCCUUUCGGUGUUUGCAGCGAGAGUACCGACAAUUUCUGCAGCUGCCUGCCGGGUUUUAGCAUCAGCUCUCUGAGGGAUUGGAAUCUGAGCGAUUGGUCUGGCGGUUGCAAGAGGAAUUCAGACUUGAAUUGCCCGGUAAAUGCUUCGAAUGAGCAGAUAGACCGUUUCUCGCUAAGGUCUAACAUGAAAUUGCCCAAUGAUCCCCAAUCUUUAGUUGCUGGGAGCCAUAACGAAUGCCGAGCUGCUUGUUUGAACAAUUGCUCUUGCACGGCUUAUGCUUUCAAGGAUAAUAACUGCUCAAUUUGGUUUGGGGAUCUCUUCAAUGCGCAACAGCUCACACAAGGUGAUACCAGUGGAAGUAGCUUCUAUCUCCGGCUUGCCGCCUCCGACGUUGAGGAUCCAAGCAAGAAAAGCAACAUAACUGCGAUAGUUGCAGGGUCUGUUAGCGCUGCGGUAGCGAUGUUAGCCAUUGUUUUGUUUGGCAUUUGGAGAUGGAGGAGAAGGGCAACUGUAACAACAAAGACUGUGGAAGGUUCGCUGAUAGCCUUUGCAUACCGGGACUUGCAAGUAGCAACAAAGAAUUUCUCGGAGAAGUUGGGUGGGGGCGGGUUCGGUUCAGUUUUCAAAGGAACAUUACCUGAUUCAAGUCACGUAGCGGUCAAGAAGCUUGAAAGCAUAAGCCAAGGAGAGAAGCAAUUCCGAACAGAAGUAAGCACGAUCGGGACCAUCCAGCAUGUGAAUCUUGUCAGGCUUCGUGGGUUCUGCUCUGAAGGGGACAACAGGCUGUUGGUCUAUGAUUUCAUGCCAAAUGGUUCCUUAGACUAUCAUCUCUUGUAUAGAAAGGACUCGAAGACCUUGGAUUGGAAAACAAGGUACCAAAUUGCUUUGGGAGCGGCUCGAGGUCUGGCUUAUCUCCAUGAGAAGUGUAGAGACUGCAUCAUACAUUGUGACAUCAAGCCAGAGAACAUCCUUCUAGAUGCUGAAUUCUGUCCAAAAGUGGCAGAUUUUGGCCUUGCAAAGCUUGUUGACCGAGAUUUCAGCAGGGUGUUGACGACCAUGAGAGGCACAAGAGGGUAUCUUGCGCCGGAGUGGAUCUCCGGGGUAGCCAUAACAGCAAAAGCUGAUGUUUAUAGCUAUGGAAUGAUGCUCUUUGAAUUUGUGUCGGGAAGGAGGAACUCAGAGCUAUCGGAUAAUGGGGCCAUCAGGUUCUUCCCAACAUGGGCUGCCAGUAAGAUAGCUGAAGGAGGUGACCUGCUUGAUCUUUUGGACCCAAACUUGGAGGCAAACGCUGAUGCUGAAGAGCUAACUGAGAUUUGCAGGGUUGCUUGUUGGUGUGUCCAAGAUGACGAAACUCGCAGGCCAUCGAUGGGGCAGGUUGUUCAAAUACUCGAGGGGGUGUUGGAUGCGAACCUGCCCCCGAUACCGAGAGCCCUUCAACUAUUUGUUGAUAAUCCGGAGCAUGUAGUCUUCUUCACAGAGUCGUCAUCGUCUAACCAGAGUUCCCAGACAAAGAGUAAUGCCUCGACUGCUUCCUCGCAGAACCAAAAUAGUUCAUCUUCGACAAAGUCCAGGUCUUGAGGAUGAUAAGUUAAAUGCUUAGUACAAGUAGUGCUUCAGUUAGAUAGUGAAUAUUCUCUUCUGCUUUUCUUGGUGCUUUUGCCCCUAUCUAUUUUUGUUACAUAUACAUACAAGCAAAAGCUUGGAUUAAGAGCCUGGCCAGACCAGUUGUAAAGAACUUUAAUUCUAUAUAAUGAUCUAGCUCUCUGCUUUGUGAGA